AUGAAGAAGAAUGAGAGAAAUGGAUUGGAUCCCAAAAAUCAAUCCUGUUUCAGACACAACCAUCUCUUUCGCUUUCGGGAUCUCUUAACAUCCUCGAUGGAUUGGCAAGGACAGAAACAAGCGGAGCUAUGGAUGCAGAUACUGCUUUUAGUUUUCGCGGUGGUGGCUUUCGCUACUGGUUAUAUUAUGGGAUCAUUUCGACUGAUGAUGCUAAUUUACGCCAGUGGAGUGAUUUUCACCACGUUGGUUACUGUCCCUAAUUGGCCUUUCUUCAAUCGCCAUCCUCUCAAGUGGUUGGACCCAAGCGAAGCUGAGAAGCACCCUAAACCACAGAAGGUUGUGGUUUCUAAGGACAAAAAGAAAUCGUCCAAGAAGAAGGAAGCACCCUCUUGGAACAUCAAGGGUCAAUUAUUCAAGGAGUCCAUCCCUACUCUAGGAUUUCAUCUUUAUGUUCAAGAUCUUACUCUUUCAGGGAGUCCAUCUCUUCUUAGGGACUUUGUCUCUACAUCUAAGACCCUUCUUCUCUUAAAGAGUCUAUCCCUACAUCCGAGACAACAACAACGAAGGAAAAGUAAGCAACUAUGUUGGAUGGACAUGGUUUACGAUUUAAGACCGAGUGAUCUCCUCGCUAGUCCCUUCGGGAAGAAGGAUUCAUGUUACGGUGGAGCAUGUGCGGCGGUCGAGGUGUUAAGAGGAGUUUCGAUAAAGGAAGAAAAAAGGAUGAGGUCGAAGGUGGAGGCGAAAGCUCGUGGUCAAAAAAUUAGUACUAAGAGACAACUCGAAGGACCAAAGCUCGGCCGUCAACUUCUGCCCGACGCUCCACAAUUUUUGACUCAAACAAACUCAAUCCAUGAACCAUCAGCACCACCACCAGUGGGUCCACCAGUGAUGAAAGAUGAUGUGGAUUUAUGCAAAGAGGCUAACAAAAUACUCUACAUAAGACAACUGAGAGAAACUACUACAAAAGAAGAAGUUUUGGUAUGGAAUCAAACUGGACAGAACACAGGAAACCCUUAG